UUCAGAAGCUCUCAUCAGGCCAGCUCUCCGGCAGCAGCUGCCCCCACAGGAGGAUGAAGAUCUCCAGGGCUGUGAGCUCCCUCCUCCUCAUCAUCAUUGUCACCAUCACUCUUGGUUCUAAGACUGAACCCUCCUCACGAGGACCCUACCACCCAGCCGAGUGCUGCUUCAACUUCACUGUCCACAAGGUCCUGCGUUCUCGGAUUACAUGGUAUUAUGAGACCAGCAGCCAGUGCUCCAGGCCUGGGAUUGUCUUCAUCACCAAGAAGGGCAUUUCCAUCUGUGCUGACCCCAGAGAAGACUGGGUCCAGGACUACAUCACAGACCUGAAGGAGAAAUGAGUGGCCCAGAGUAGUGGAGAAGGGCACAGUGGGAACCUUAUAAAAAAUAGGUCAAGGCCCUGUUUUUGCCUCCUGCUCUCAGCCCACCGCCAGCUGCCCUGCCCUGAAUUAAAGACCAUUCACCCCUUCUCUGCCUCGCUCAGUGUGCUCAAUGCUCCUCAUCGGCAGUGGACUGAGGACACCUGGGCACACCCUCAGCAUGGAGCCAGCUCUGCAGAAGUUUGGCUGGAGCCAAGUACAGAAAAUAGAUCCAGCCUAUGGUGGAGGGGUGGGGGAUAGUGGGACGCUGAGGAGAAAGUGCAGGAGACCCUCAGUGUAAAGGCCACCUCCCCAGCAAUCACAGUAACAGACUCCGUUCCUGUUAGUCCAAGCGCUCUGCUGAGCAGGCUGUCUUGUUUAAGCUUCACAAACUGGAGUUCAGAAUUAUCUCCUGAUUCGGCAGUCACAGGUAGCAUCAACCCCCACAGUCUCCUUUUCUGUGCUGCUUCCAAGGUCUUUGUUCACUGCUGUCUGGGAUGGGAAUGAUCCACAGGAACAUUUUAUCCACUCCUCCCCCGACUUAUGAACACCUGGCUACUGCACUGUUCGACUGUACUACACUGUUUCACUCGUUUGAAUCCCUCACAAGGCCUUAAGAAAUCCUGGCCCAUCCAUAUGUUCAGGAAAUGGAUGGAUGGACGACGGAUAGAUGGACGGAUGAAUAAAUGGGUAGGUGGAAUGAAACAAGAAUCAAGGGGAGGUCAACACUCCAAAAUUAAUAGCCAGCUGCCCCCAAGGUGUCUCCAUGCCAUCUUCAGGGCUCCCGGAGGAGCUCAGCGCACUUGGCGUAGGAACAUGACCAGUACAGGCCUGUGGCCUCCUUCCCUGACCCCCAGGCAAGAGCUGGCAGGGGGGCUGCAUGCUACGGGACACCAGGCGCCUCAGACCUCCUCUUCUGCCCCUCCAGGAACAUCAACACCUUCAAAAAAGCCACAGCUUCACCACUAACUACCUUGAACCCACCAGGACCCAUUCAUUUUUCGUCUCUCCCCCUUUACGAACAGCCUCUAAGGAUGCCAUUUCCUGUUCUGCCCCUGCUGCCCUCUAUUCUCAGCCCCAGCAACACUUCCGUUAUGCUUCUAAAGUGCAAUCUACGUGUCCUCAAACUCUCCCUGUUGUGAGCAGUGCAGCCCUGGCCUGGGGUUGAGCCAUUUCAGGAAGUUGAGUCAAGGUUACCUCCGGAGUCUUGAGGACGAAAUGCAGCAAUGAUCGUUUAGGGGAGCAGCUGAAGGAAUAACAGGAGCGAUGUUAAGAACUUAUCUAGGAAGUGGAUGAGAAGUCAUAGAGGCCUUGGGAGUGCAGCAGAGGGGAAGUUGGGGAGACAGGUUAAGUGUCAUUUGCGGCUAAGUCCAGGAAUGGGGGUCUGUACCUAGUCACCCCUUUCUCACACUGUCUAGCAUGCAUGGCUGGCUGGGACUACCACGUGGGACUACCACGUGGCUCAAAGGUGGCCCAGUGGGUUGUCCAGGUACGCUGUGGGGGCUUUCAUGGCCCCCUCUCCCCACCAGCACAGCGCUAAAUAAAGUCC